AUGUGGCAACGAGUGCUGCUACAACAACGCAGCAUUACGUCUCGGUUGCCUUUAGUAGCAGCAGCAGCAACAAGAACACCUCAUUCAUUCAUCCGUUCUCGACAUGCGGCUGCCAAGAUACCCUUAUCAUCAUCAAAAUCCAAGGCGGAUACACAAGAACGACCACCUUUUGACGACGACGACACUGUUCCUGUCUCUGCACUCGAAGAACCCAAGAUCGAGAUCCCAUCACCUCCCACUCCUACAACGGCCAUUCAGCCUCGCGAUUACGUAGAGAUAUUCACAAAGGAUUCUCAAUGGAGCGGUGUCGUAACGAAUGAGCGAGCUAUCAGUGGACGACGCCAGAUGCUUACAGUCAUGUUGCGCAACGGACGAGAGCUUGAGUUUAUGAGUGAGGAUGUGCUAUUUCGCCUACCCAACUUUCAAAAAGGAGAUCAGCCAGCAUCUUUUGAGUCGCGGAUGAUAUUUGACUAUCAGAAAUCAAUUCUGCUCAAAAAGGGAUUAUCACUACGUGGUCUGAAUCGCAUCUACAAGCACUUCAUUGCACGAGCGGACAGCAAAGAGGAUGAUUUGAAAGUGACAUUGGAGGACAUGGCUCGGGUAGCCUUUGGAUUGAAGCAAGAGCAACAAGUAUCCUCUGAACAACUCCAUAUUACAUUUCUGCAUCUCGCCAAUGAUCCACUCCAUUUUAUUCCCACACGCAACGUAAGAUUGACCCAGGAAUGGCUAUUGAGAUCCGAGCAAGGUACUCGCGAGAUUUCGUCCCUGGUGGAUGCCAUCCGUAGACGCGACAAGAGCUAUACAGGCUUCCUAGAGCGUGCAAGUCAUUUGAUACAACUCUAUGAGGAGCUCUCUCACCAAUCGCUGGGCACUGUCAAGGAUACCAAACCUUUUCAUCAUAUUCAUUUCACCAAGCAAGAUGCACGCUUUGUCAACUUUGUGGCGGAUUGGGUGAAAUCAUCUGAUAGCGCGCUGAAAUCACCACAUGAUGUUUAUGCACCUACCAUUCUCAAGGCCCUGGGAUGUUAUAAGGAGGAUACCUUUGUUGAUAAGUCGUUGGCGAUGCGAUUUCUUAAGCAAGUGGGAAUGUUGAAGCCAUGGGAUAAUCUCUUCCUCUUCCAAAACGCCUCCUUCGUCGAUGAGUUUUUGUGGUCGGAUCGUGCUCGCAAGACGCAAGAAGAAUUGGAUGGAUAUGCAAGGGCAUUCCUUGAAGGACAGGCUGAUCGUGCCGGUUUCUAUGCACGUGAUCCAUGCGAUUCAAAAAGACACGACUUUGGAAAGUUGCCAGUAUACACGGUGGAUGAUCCAUUUGCAAAAGAGAUCGAUGAUGGUGUAUCGAUUGAACGGAUCCCUGGUUCAGAGGACACGUGUUGGUUACAUAUCCAUAUCGCCGAUCCUACAGCAUUUAUCCCACCUGAUCACCCAAUGGAACCCCUCAUGCAACAACGCGUACAGACCUUGUAUAUGCCCGAGAUGCAUGUCUCCAUGUUGCCAAGUGUGCUUGGCGAACUCAAGUUCAGUCUUGGCGAAACAGCUCAUACUUUGCGUGAUGGAUCCCAAUAUGCAUUUUCAUUCUCAGCCAAGCUUGAUACACGCGAUGGAUCUAUUCUUGAUUGGCACGUUCGUCCUUCCGUGGUUCACAAAGUGCACAAGAUUUAUUAUGAUGACCUUGACACACUUCUUGCGCCCCAUGCACCCUCUAUUUCCGACCCACACAUUGAUUUGAACACCAGCUUUGUACAUCCGCAUGAUAACAACAAUGCUGUACAACAACAACAACAAACGACAACAGUGCCAAAGGAAGCUGAAAAGGAUUUGAUUGAUAUCUACAAACUCACUCGUACACACCAAUUGGCUCGUAUUCGCAAUGGCGCUCUCAACUUUAUACGCCCAUCCCCAAUGAUCAUGUUGGAUGAUGCUCCUUUGAAAUUACCAAGAUUGGAAUUCAAUGGCAAACCACGCUAUGCCACCAAGAUGCCUACAUUACGACUCUCUCUUGAUCGAUCAGCAGUAUCACCAGCACGACAAAUGGUAGCUGAAACCAUGAUCUUGGGUGGCCGUGUUGUCAGCCAAUGUGCUCGUGAAAACGGCUUGGACAUUCCACAUCGCACACAAACAUGGCGUCCCGAAGAUGAUGCAGAGUUACGACAAGAGAUGCUUGAUGCACGUGAUCCAAACACGGGUAUGUUGCCAAUGCAACGCAUGUUGAAUUACAUGAACCUGUUACCACCUGCCAUGGCUACUACAACGCCAGGUUUGCCACACGUAUUGAUGGGUAUUCAGGAUGGCUAUGUCAAGGCGACUUCUCCUUUACGACGCUACAUGGAUAUGCUUGUUCAUUGGCAAUUGAAGGCGCAUGUGCUUGGUACAAAGGCACCUUUUGAUAAUGACACGCUCAUGACCCUCGUUCCACAGCUUGAAGCACGAGAGAAACGAUUGAUGGCAUGGCAACAACGCAGCAUCGGCUGUUGGGUUCAACAAUUGGUAUCGCGUCUACCCUCUGAUACGUUGUGGACUUGCAUGGUGAAUCGUCCCAAUGCACUCACACGCUCAGACUUGGGUGCUUCCAUGGAAUCGGCAACCGUCACUAUCCUUGAACUUGGUGUGCGUGCAAGGCUCGCUAAUCUCAACCAAUCACUUCAAGUGGGUCAAGUUGUUAAAGCUCGUACCAUCAAAAACGACCUCGCUCAAGGACAUUUAGAUUUGCAACUUGUAUAG